AUGAUUGCUUCCACCCUCAGCCUUCUUGCUCUCUCAACCGUGGCCUCGGCUCAUAGUAGCCACAGUCAGACCCCUCUGGCUGCUGGUCCUCUCCAGAAGCUGUGGUACAACACUCUUCCGGGUGAUGGUGGUACCCAGGCCGACUCUGUCUUCUCUGGCAUCUCGACUUUCGGUCGGCUUCCAUACUUCCCCUGUCUCGCCAGUGAAGAUGAGAAAUACGACAUUGCUUUUAUCGGCGCCCCAUUUGAUACUGGAACCUCCUACAGACCCGGUGCUAGAUUUGGACCAAGUGGCAUCAGGCAAGGUUCUCGUCGUCUCAAUCUCUACGGUGGCUAUAACGUGCCAUUGGAGGCGAACCCCUUCGUCAGUGAUCUGAGAAUCCUGGAUUGUGGCGACAUCCCCGUGACAUCGUACGACAAUGAAUGGGCCAUCAAGCAGAUUGAAGAGGGCCACAACAGCGUCCUCAUGCGCAAGCCCUACACCAAUGCCGACGAGUACGGCAUGUCCAAGGCAGGCAAAACCCUGCCUCGUGUCAUCACCCUCGGCGGUGACCACACCAUCACCUUGCCUCUGCUGCGCAGUAUCAACAAGGCCUACGGCCCUGUCACCGUCGUUCACUUCGACAGCCAUCUCUCUAGUGACUCCUGGAAGCCCAAGGUCUUUGGCGGAUCGCCCAGUGAAGUCGCUGCUGUCAACCACGGGACUUACUUCUACCAUGCCGCCAUGGAGGGUCUUCUGAGAAACGACACCAACAUCCACGCUGGUAUCCGCACCACCCUCUCCGGCCCCUCAGACUAUGAGAAUGACGGAUACUGUGGCUUUGAGAUUGUCGAAGCCCGGGAGAUUGACACCAUCGGCACCGAGGGUAUCAUCAAGAAAAUCCGCGAGCGCGUCGGCACCAAGAACCCGGUCUAUCUGUCCAUCGAUAUCGAUACCCUGGACCCGGCUUAUGCUCCCGCAACUGGUACCCCUGAGACCGGUGGCUGGUCGACCCGCGAGCUGCGUACCAUCAUUCGCGGUCUUGAUGGACUCAACUUUAUUGGAGCCGAUAUUGUCGAAGUGGCGCCCGCCUAUGACACCAAUGCCGAACUCUCUACCAUGGCUGCCGCCGAUGUUCUUUACGAAGUCUUGACUAUGAUGGUGAAGAAGGGACCUCUUUCUAUUGGUGGAUCAGAGGAACUAUAG